AUAUCUUCCAUGUGCUGUAGGAGUAUGAGUUUGAAUGCUGGACACUUUCGUUUGCACAAGUGUAGAUGCUAUGCUUCCGAGAAUCCGAGAGCUUGGAGGCCAGAAAUGCCUGACUGAGAAACCGAUCGAUCCGGUCUCCGCACCAGCCGAGCAUAAAGGUUCCAGACCCUGACCUGAAAAGAGGUGGAAUUGCAGAAGGGACCGAACACUAGUUCCGAGAGAGAUCAGUGGGGCGUUCAUCCGACCAUCGCUCAGCUGCGGAUCUCUACUAUCCCAAAUUCGAGUCGAGCUGUUUUCAUGCGCCAUGAGCUGAUAGCGAAUUCAGUUUGUGAGCGGAAUCAGUCGAUGGGGCCGAACAUUUUUUGAACGUUGUAUUGGUUCAGGUGUCAGAGGCAAUGCGUGAGUCUGAAGGCGAAUCUGGGUUCGUUUUCUGUAACUCUCGUAGAAGGACAAUUUCACGAAACUUAUCGGAAGUGAAGAAUGAGAGAGUUUUCCCUGAGAUUUGAGCCAACUCUCAAACUGAACUGCAAAGCUUUGCUACCAUGCAGGAAGCUCAGCUCAUAGUCCUGCUACGAUCGGCUCGGUGUGCCUGCCACCCUCUCCACUCCACUCGCACUAAUUCACCUCGGGGUACAUUGCAUUGGUUUCUAUUCGAGUCCUGUGUCCAGAAAUGAAAAAAUUCCUCUACUUGACUCGCUUGUCGGCUUUCCCAGAUGCACAGCGAUGUUCAACGCCCAAGCCUAAACCUAAACUUGAUUAUUAAACCCUGAACUGAGUCCCGCAAACUUCCGAUUCAGUGUCUUCGGUCGACAAAGCCACGAGCAAAUCGGAAGUGAUUCUCGAGGGUGAAGGUUCUCCAGAGACGAAUGCCGAUUCUCUCUCCCGCUCGCCAUUCAUGAGGGCGAGACAGUCGUGCGCAGAAGCAGCGACACAAUGUCCAAAAUUGGCUCCCUGACGAUUGAAAGAAAACGCCUGUCCAUCGUGUUGGCUCAUAUGAUCUUGUGCCGUGCCCUUCGCCAUGUCGCCCACCGUCUUACUUAGCAGGCCGAUCAGGCAGAGAGGGUCGAGGGAGAACCAACAGGAUUUGUGAUUCUGCCGUGCUCCUUGGCAGAGGAUCACAGCGAGGAAUGGAAUAUAGAGAGCCGAGACCUCACUCGAGAAUUGCGGCUCUGGGCACGAACACAGAGUGCCUGGCUUGAAGACUAGGGGGAUACAGAAGCGUGGCCAAAUUGACUUCUCGAUCGUCGAGGUAUGGAGGACGGAGAAGUGAACGCAGAGGAUGAGGGACCCGUCAGCGGACUUGUGGGGGCCUGGGCAAAGCCCGUCGAGCUCGUGCGAGAGGGAAGCGAGGAGGUGAUGCUGCUGUGGGCUCUGCAGCAGCCGACGCUCUCGCGCCUCAAUGCGUUCGCUCGUCAAGAGGAAUUGCGGCUCGACGUCGAUGCGUGCGGCCACCAGCUCUCGAUAGUGCAGACCCCUGCUUCUAUGAACCGGCCCGGCAACACGGGAGCCGUGAUGUGGGACAGCGGGAUCGUUUUGGCCAAAUUUCUGGAGCAUGCAGCGGACGCUAAUCUGCUGCAACUCCAGCAGAAGAAAGUGGUCGAGCUCGGAUCGGGCUGCGGCUUGGCGGGCUGCGUGGUAGCUCUGCUCGGAGGCGAUGUCAUUCUGACCGACCUUCCGGACCGCCUCAAGUUGCUGCAGAAGAAUGUCACCGAGAACGCUCGAAAGCUGACGAAGAGGGGUUCCGCGCGAGUUAUGGAGCUCACGUGGGGAGAGGAUCUAGAGAAAGAGCUUCUGGAACCGCAACAAGCCGAUUUCGUGAUCGCAUCUGACGUCGUUUACAACGAGGACGUCGUUCCAGACCUAAUCGAUACCUUGCGAGCUCUGUGCGGAAGCCACACCACAAUCUUCCUGUCGGGCGAAUUGAGAAAUGACGCCGUGCUCGAAGCGUUUUUCGAUGCAGCCCUAGUGGACUUCGUGGUGGGAAGAAUCCCCGAGACAGACUGGCACCCUGAAUUCCGCACCCCUCGAGUCGCGCUUUAUGCCAUGUGCUCCAAACCUGCGGCUCAAUCUGCCGUCUCUUAUGAUUAGAACUGUGUGGCGAUGGUCAUCCUUUUCACACAGUGUAGAUAAAGCCUUUCUUGCGAUGGCGGACUGUCGAUCGCAAAGUUGAAUUCGAAUGCAUGAGCAUGAGUGUGAUCCAUUUGCGAGCGUGGGCUUCAUCGUUCGUUCAUCUCCACACCGUGCAUUGAUAACUUUCAUGUCAAAUUCCAGCCGUGUUCUCAGCUCGAACAUUUUCAUCGGCCCAUGCAAAUUUCAAGCGAUUCUGAUUCUCUUGCUAGCUAAUUCCCUUGCCAAACCUGGACUCGGAUUACAUGCCCGGAAGGCACCCUGCUUCAAAGACAUUCCGGGAGUGUGAGAAUCAAUUGUGCCCCUGGAAAGAGGGUGACAGAAGAGGAGUGGUUGCAUCGGACAGAGACUUUUGAGGUGGGGAAGGGUGGAACUCAGGGAUGCGGUUUUGUCAUUUCUCAUCAGCUUGUUUCGGUCAAACCUAAUUGCCGCACUCGCUCAACACCACUCCGUCAGAGGGAAGCAGAAGGCAGCCAACAAAUGGGAGGAGGAUCUUCGAAUUCUCAAGCUCUUCGAUUAGGGCUGUGGUUUCGCUACUGGUUUGGCCAGCGCCUGGCUCCAUAUCACGGAACUCCACCUCAUGUUGCCCGCCGAAUGCUGCAGCUUGCUCGUGUGAACGCAGCCGACCGCGUGGUCGAUCUCGGCUGUGGGGAUGCUCGCCUUCUGAUUGCGGCGGCCAAACACCAUGGUGCCCAUGGCUAUGGAGUGGAGCUGGAUUCGGAUUUGUUUCAAGCAGGAGUUAGAUCUGUUCAAGAAGAGGGUCUUGCACACAUGAUCACUCUUGAGCAAAGGGAUGCGUUCACGGUAGACCUGUCAACUGCAACUGUCGUAGUCCUCUAUCUUACGGUGAAAGGAAAUAGCAAGCUGUACCCAAGGCUUGUUCAGCAGUUACCUGUAGGUGCACGAGUUGUAUCUUUCUGUUGGCCUUUUGAGAAUCUGGAACCCUCGAGUAAAACUAAGGCAGAUGGCAUAGAUGUAUUUCUGUAUGAGUUCAACAAAGUUAGGUGACUUCUGUACAGUGGUUAAACUUUAUAAGAAUGUGCUUCCAGUUCAACGC